AUGAAGCUUGCAAAAGUACUCACAAACAUCAGCAUGAAAAAGCUGAAGUAUGCAAUUUCUUUUGUCUAUGUUGGAGACAUCACUCCUCCAACAGAGCAACCACUAUCUUACUACAUCACUGUUCCACACAUUCUUGAAACACUUGAGACUUACUACUAUCCUGGAUCACAAAGAGGAGAAGAAAUUAUGAAACAGGACAACAUGUACGUCUACUUUGACAACAAAACAUUAAGUAUUGCCAUUGACGCACUAAGAAGAGGGCUUGGCAAGGCAACCUCCUACCGUUGGGAUAUGACGAAAUAUGAGUUUUUACGUUCCAAAAAGAAACUAUUCAAGUACAAAGUUUUUGACACGAACGAUCAAAAUUUGAUCGUGAUGUCUGGAUUUGACACAAGUAUGCCGGACGCAAGUCUGUUGGACAAUCUAUAUCCACACAAAAAGGGAAUGACCCUAUACAAGUGGGAUAUCAAUGUUGUGUACAAUGCAGUAGGGAAUGUUACAAGAUUCCUGUGGACCAAGAUGCACAUACUCAAUGCUCCAAGCACCAAAAGUCUGAAGUAUGCAAUCGGAUCUGGUCUCAUCAAGAACUGUCCUAUCACCAAAGAAGCGAUCAAUCAUGCCGAAGCAAUCUUUGGACCUGACGCCUCUACAUUGAAAGGCAAGUCAACAAGACCAACUCCAAAGAAGACACACGACGACUUCUUCAGUCCACCAGAGGAAUUAUAG